AUGGAGGAUGGUGGGAGAGCCCACACUGCCAUUGUUGGCUGGGCCUGCAUGACCCUGUGCUUGGUGUCCUGUGCGGCCGCCUUCUCGCAGGGCGCCAGCCUUUCUGCCUGCAGCGACAUGAUGCCCAGGCACCUGAGGGUGCAGCUGCACAGCUCCAACAGCAACUACGUCACUGUCCACACCAACAUGUCCUUCUUCUUCCCAGGAGACAAGGUGCCAGUGACAGUAAGAAGCACCCGGGAUUACAUGGGCUUUAUGCUGCAAGCUCGCAGAGUGUCCAACAAUGAAAUCGCUGGCAUGUUCAUCUUCCUGCCUCCUGGUUCCAAGCUGCUGACUUGUUUUGAAGAUGGUGACACUGUCACACACUCAGACAAGUCACUGAAGAGAAACCUGUCCUUCGUAUGGAAAGCACCAGACCAACCCAUUGGAGACAUCAAGUUUUUCAUCUCCAUAGUCCAGUCAUACUUUGUUUACUGGGCAAAGAUUGAAUCUGCUGUUGUGGCUCAGGGAGGGCAAAACAAGACUCUUGCUGACAAGAAGCCCGAUGCUGUAGCCCACGUGCCCCUGCAGGGACCAGCUGACCCUCACCCCACAGGUCCCAUCUCUCCUGCAGCUGCCACUGGCUCCCUGCUGCCUGCCAGCCCCACUGGCACGGUGGCAACACCAGCACCAGAGCCGGGUUUUGGUGUCGGGUCGGAGACUCGUCCCGUUGCUGAGCCAAAGCAGCCGGGCCGGACUUCGCGGGCUGUGCCCGGCAGGAGUAUCCGGUCCAGAGGCCGGGGGCUGGAGCCGUCCCUUCCCACCCAAGACGUUGGAAUGGUGGAUGCCUUGCAAGGUUCCCUCUCCCAGGACAAUGCCUCCAGCUACAGCAGCUUCAAUGGAUGUGACUACAGGCUGCUGGAAAUGUGUGUGCUUAGACAUACAGGACACAGAGUUAACAGGGGCAGUACUGAGAGUAGAACCAUCUUGAAAGCCUCCCUACGUGUGACAGCAUCUCCCUCUGCCCUGCACGUACGCACUCACCUGGGCGGCGUUGCUGCAACCACAGCCUGGCCUGGUGAUGCCAGCACCGCUGGCAAUUUGUCCUCAGCCUCAAGGCAAAUGGCAGGAAGAGAGUUGGCACCACAGCCAGAGGGGGCAGGCACCAGGGCCGAGCAGGACAAGGAUGAGCAGGAGGCAGCUGGGAAUACCGUGCCAUGGGUGACCAGACCAGCUCCCGAAUCUGCUGUUCCCGGGAUAGGGGAAGGGCCUGGCAGAGGAACCCGACUCCCUGCAGCCCAGCUUGGCAUCCUCCUGGUCUGCACGGCCGUGCUGGGCCUGGCACUGGCAGCUGCCGUGCGCUGUGUGUGUGCCCAGCAGUGCCACAAGCGGGCCGAGGUGUCCUUCGGCGAGCCCGACCCCGACAUCAUCACCAUCACGGAACACGGGGCGGUGAUGCGCUUCCGAAGGACCCGGGACAACAGCUUCGUGCUGGUGCCAGCCCAGUGCAACUGGGUCAGCCCCUCGAGCAGCACCAGGAGGACCGUGGUGCUUUAG